UCAUGGCUUCAUGUUUUCAAUGUUUUGGUUUUGUAUCUUUAUGUUAUCAUUUUACAACUCAGGUUUUUACAUGAUCUUUAAUUCUGGUAAUUUUCUAAAUGUUCCUCCAGCAGGGGGCGCCAUAUGCUGACGUUAUGUGACGUAGAGCUGUAUGUAAAUGAGGAGGCGGACCAGAACAAAGUCUGUGGUCCAAAUCUGUCUCUUAAUUUCAGUAAAAAAAAACCACAAUCAGUGUUUGAGUCAGAAUAUUAGACGGAUUACUGAGACGGUUUUGGUUUAAAGUAAUUACCGUUUGACAAACGGCUCAUGACUUCAGGAAGCUGGUGCAGCGCCACCUUGUGCUGGUGGACAGUUAUGCUUUUCUAUCAGAAAAUAAACCGAAGACAUUAAUGCAGCUUAAUGGGAAAAAAGUAUUAGACAAAUACUUGAAAUUUAGUUUUUAAAUUUCUAAAAUAAAGCAAAUAAUGGCCAAAUGUAAUAUAAACAAGUUAGAUGGUCACCAAGAGAGGUUGGCAGGUUAAAACCCAAAUUUAACCUUCACAAUCCAAGAAAAUCUUAAUAAAAGUGGAUAUAUUUACUCGCCUGAGUUAAGGCGAUGUAAACUUAUUCGCACAAUCUAGUAGUGGAUAAUAUUCCCAGAACCAGUCUGAGUGUGAUGAUGGCAUCCAGGAAAAAAAAUGAAGCCAAAAUAAAAUCUACAGAAAAAAUAGUUUCUGUAGAUUAGAAACUGUUAUAAACUGUUUCUAAUCUGCAGCGGAGAUUGUAUUUUAUGAUUCAUAUCUGUGUUAAUUAUUAACGUUUGCACAAUAUUUUAAAGCCUCUGUCCUAGUUUAAUGUGUUUAUUACCAGACAGAACAGAUCAAACUGAACCAGCGUUGUUGGGAGGUCAAAGGUGGAAGUGCUCCUGAUUUCCAAAACGAAGAAAUGUUUAACUAACUCACCUUUGGCUCACAGAGCUCAGCGAACAUCAUCCACUUCCUAUGAAAACCUGCAUCCUGACUGCCAGGAGCUCCCAUGUUUAAAUCCACGGUCAGCAUCUGUAAAUCCCACUGGAGUAACCCUUUCAAUGCCACUGCAACUGGCCAAUAACACAAAUUUAUCUGGAAUUUAUAUCAGAAACUAAAAGUUGCCUCUUUUCUUUACCAUCAAUAUUCAUAAUCCAGUUAUGAACCUGAUGGGUUUAAUGACUUUACUCUGCUGCAGCUGUGAGCUGAUGCACAAACACAGACCCAGAUCAACAAACCAUCACUGGAAGAGCGUGGGUUGGGAAUAUAUGGCAAGACAUUUAUAUAUUUAUUCUUGCAAUUAGCCACAUAUUCUUUUUUUCUUUUUACAAAUUUAAAACUAGUUUAAACUUUUGCCCAAACUAACUCAAUAUUCUGCUACCACCAAACUCGCAGGUAUUUAGAUGAAAAAGCUGAACACGGUUUACAUUUCAGUUAAGUUGUUACAUUUUAAAGAUGCAGAUUGGUGCACACAUGGAGGGCUCACCAGUAAACUGGUGGACGUUGUUUGCUUUUGCUAGUUUUAAAUGUCGAUCAUUUUCAUCUCAUUAGCCCAAGUCAGUGUCAGAUAGUCAGGACUUUUACUAGUAAACAUUUUGUGAACUUCAUGGAGGAAAAGUUCUACUAAGCCAGAGUGAUGAACUAGUAUCUCUAAAAGUAUUUUCAACUAGUUUAUCAAAAUGUUAAAGGUGCAGAGGUGAUAAGUGCACCAGGAAGAUUUACCUUGUACAGUGUAGUUUAGACUAAUAGAGAUGAAUGAUGACUGACACCAAGGACAAUGAGUAAAUCUAGAAACGUGUUGCCAUAGCCUGAGUUUGCUGAACCUGUCUGGGCUGCUCUGUGUCACGUGACCGUGGCUGUUUGCACUAAACACUGGACGUAAAAUGUGACAGGAUGUUGAGUUUGAUUCAAUAAGUUUCAGCAUGUUUUAGAAGCUGAGGAACUGCUUGAUUAAUCGAUGAUGUGAAGAACUUCAGACCAAAAUCUGCAGAUGCUACAAAGUUUUGAUCUUUAACUGGUGAGUUCAACUUUGUUAAAAGUACAGAAAUCUUUUAACUGACUAAACCUCAUCAUUGUAUUCUCUCCAGAAGCACAGAGCAUGUCAUGAAUUUUAUAUCCUGGAAGGUUUAUUUAUAUGGAAAUAAUCAGUAAAAGACCCACAGAGAGUAAAGACCAGAAGCCUUUUCUCAACCUUUUUACAUUUUGCUCCCUUAGCUGUAAUGUUCACACGGUGAGGAAGGAAGUGGUUUGAUGAGAGCAGGACUGGUUGUAUUUCUAAGAAGCAUCAUGUAAAUGAUUAUAUUCUGUAUGUUACGAUCCACUCUGUCCAGAAAAACCAAUGCAGAAUUUGUUUAUGCACCAUUGCUAGAAUGUACAUGAAGUGAGUCUGAACGAUGCGGUGUCGUAAAACCCAGACCGGAAAGACCAUCUGGGGCAUCUAUAUGUGAAGUUUUUAACGUUCUGCUGUUUGAUUCAGGCCUCACACAUGAAGACAGAUUUAUUCUGCUAGCAGUGGGGAGACAUUAUGAAACUUAAAGCGCACAAAACGUUUCAGGGAUCUCAUUUCUAAAGGUGGCAUAAGAACAAAACACUGGCUGGAAAUGGUGAGAGAGCAUGUCUGAAUAACAAUGGCAGCAAUGCCUAGUUAGUUUCUAACAGUUCUCCUAAAAGUAAUAAAAAAAAUAAUGCAUUUUAAUCAGACGGUGUCUUUCAGGACAUUUCUAAUUCUACAUGUGAUUAUUCACAUGACUGAUGAACACAGCAGAGCUCCCAGUCUUGGUAACGUCUGAAACUGAAGGCUGACCAGCAAAAACAGGAAGCCACUCAGUCUCACCACUAAGAAGAAACUAUGACACGAAGACAACAGGAUCUGUUUUCCAUUAGACCAGCUGUGGUUUGCUUUCAAAUACCUCCUUGAUAUACAUACACCUGCUAUGAGUCAAAGCUUUUAUGCAACCUGAAGCUGAAGUUUAAAAUUUAAAAACGAACAAAUGCUAAAAUCAAACUAUUUGAUCUGUGUUCAGCAGGACCCAAUGGCUCUGAAACAAAUACUGUUUGAGACCCUACAGCAGCUGGGAGAUGAAGAAUUUCGUAGCUUUAAAUGGUUCUUGCAGCAGUCAGACGAGCUCGAUGGUCUUCCAGUCAUCCCAAAGAGUUAUCUGGAGAACGCAGACCGACAGGAGACGGUGGAUCAGAUGGUGCAGAAGUACAACCACUGGGCUGUGCAGGUGCUGAAGAAGAACCUCCAGAAGAUCUACAGAAAUGACCUCCAGGAUCAGUUAUCAAACAUCCACAGAACUGCGCAAGACAUGGAAAAUCCACAAUCCGUUGGAAACCACAAAGAAAGGCUGCAAUCAAACCUCCAGGACACAUUCAGGUGUAGACAUGAAGGGUGGACCUCAAAAAGGAAUACAGUCAGUUUAGACGAAGCCUACACUGAGCCGUGUAUCACAGCAGGAGACCAGCCUGCCUCCAGGUUCAUCAGAAGGAUUGAAAUGGCAUUUGGAGAGCCUUCUGAACCAAAAAUCAGCAACAUAUUCACACACCCGUCAGGAACAAAGACAAACAUCAGAACAGUGAUGACCAGCGGAGAGGCAGGAAUGGGAAAAACCUUCUUGGUUCACAAAUUUGUUCUUGACUGGACAGAAAACAGAACCAGUCAGGAUGUUCAUCUGAUAUUUCCCCUCAUGCUUAACCUGGUGAAUUUCCCAAGGCAGGAGACACUCAGUCUGUCUGAACUGAUCCACACAUGUAUUCCUGAAACUGUACACAUGGCAAAGGAGGAACUCAACCGCAUCUUCAUAUCACUGCAGACAUCAGGAAACUCUAAUUUUGAUAAGAGUGAAUAUAAAAUCAUUUUUGUACUGGAUGGGCUGGAUGUGAGCCAACUUCCACUGGACUUCAGUGCUGCAGAAAAACUGCCUGUUGAUGUGACCAAAGCUGCUCCAGUGGAAACGCUGGUGACGAACCUGAUUCGAGGGCAUCUGCUUCCCUCGGCUCGCCUCUGGAUCACCAUGCGACCUUCAGGCGCUGGCCAGAUUCCUCCUGAAUUCAUCGACAUGGAAACAGAGCUCCGAGGUUUCUCUGAGCAACAGAAGGAAAAGUACUUCAGAAAGAAAUUCAGAGACAAAGAGCAGGCCCACAGGGUCGUCUCUCACAUCAGGAUGUCACCAAGCCUGCAGUACAUGUGCCAUCUCCCAGUCUUCUGCUGGAUCACUGCUGGAGUUCUGCAGGAUGUGUUAAAGACCAGCACUGGAGGAGAACUGCCCAGUACUUUAACUGGGAUUUACAUUGAGAUCCUCAUGGCUCAGAUCCAAACCAUGAAACAAAAGUUUGGCAAACCAAAAAGUUUAAAUUACCUCAAGACUUUGACGAAACUUGCUUUCAACCAGCUAGAAAAUGGUGGCCUGUCAUUUUCUGUGGAAAGCAUAAAGGAGGACGAUGUUAAGAGCUUUGAUGAUUUUUCUGUAUAUCCAGAAGUAUUCUCACAGUUCUUCAAGGAGGAGCAUUGUCUGAAAAUGAAUGGAAAGAGAGUGUUUAGCUUCCUCCAUUGGAGCAUAGUAGAGUUUCUGGCUGCUCUGUUUGUCGUCUCGCGCAUUAGAAACAAACCAAAAAACACUUUCCGAAUUCCAGGUUUCGUUUACAGCCAAAAGCAUCCACAGGAGCCCUUCUAUGAAUUCAUCGACAAAGCCGUAAAGAGUUCAGAUGGACACCUGGACACAUUUCUUCGCUUUCUCCUUGGUCUUUCUCUGCAAAGAAAUCAGCUUCAUCUUGAAGAUCUACUGCCACAGACAGGAAGUAGCUCACAGAGCAGACAGCUAACUGUUGAUCGUGUUAAAAAUAAAAUCAGAAACAGUCCUUCUCCAGAACGAAAAAUCUCUCUAUUCCCAUGCCUGAAUGAGCUGAUGGACGGUUCUCCAGUCGAUGAGGUCCAGCAGUUCCUGAAAUCAGAAACAGGAUUUGUGGAUGAACUGUCUCCUUCUCAUUGGUCAGCGCUGGUCUUCAUAUUACUUUCAUCACUAAAAGAUCGACAUGUGUUUGACCUGAAGAAAUACCUCCCUUCAGAAAAGAUUCUCCUUGCUCUCCUGCCAGUGGUUAAAACCUCCAAGACAUCACUGCUGACUGGCUGUAGCCUUUCAGAGAGAAGUUGUGCAGCUCUGUCCUCAGUCUUUAGCUGUCAGUCCUGUAGUCUGAGAAAGCUGGACCUGAGUAACAACGACCUCAGAGAUUCAGGAGUGGAGCUGCUGGCUGCUGGGCUGAAGAGUCCUCACUGUAAACUGGAAACUCUCAGGCUUAUCUGCUGUAACUUGUCAAAGGGAAGCUGUGGAGCUCUGUCCUCAGUUCUUGGAUCAGAGUCCUGUAGCCUUGAAGAGCUGGACCUGAGCAGCAAUGACCUGCAGGAUUCAGGAUUGGAGCUCCUAUCAGCAGGACUCAGCAGUCCACAUUGUAAACUGGAGACACUAAGGGUCCGUGACUGUAAGCUGUCAGAAGAUAUUUGUGAAGCCCUCACGCUGUUGGAGUUACGUAGUCUGAGACAACUGGACCUGAGGAACAACGAGCUGGGGCCAUCAGGACAGGAGUUGUGUCAAACAUGUACACAAAUAACUAUUUGGACUCAUAACAUCUCUCUGAGAGGAAUGAUCUCUAAAAGUGUUCUGAUCCAGUCAGGAUGUCCUUCUGUCUAUCAGCUCACAGUAAAAAAAGAGAAGUCUGGACCUUUGACCCGAGUCAUUGUUGGUGAGAAAAAAAUGGAUGCGAUGAACAGAAAAAUUGUACUUAUUGGUGAAGCGAGAGCAGAAAAAUGUGCUGUGAUAGACGCCCUGUUGAACUACAUCAUAGGAGUGAGGUUUGAUGAUGAAGUCUGGUUCCGGGUCACAGAGGAGGAAGGACAUCAGGCAACAGAUGUGAUGAUUUAUGAGAUCUUUGGUUUUGAAGAUAAAUCUCUGCCCUUCCCUCUGACCAUCAUUGAUGCUGGACAUGAAGGCAUUGAGAGAGAUGCCGUUAUCAGAGAACGGUUAUCAGACUUCCUGCAGGUGGAGGACAGAGCAGCAGCUGUUGUGUGCCUGGUGCUGAAUGCAGGUGACGGUCUGCAGAGCAGCCGACUGAAGCACACGUACGACUCAGUCAUGACCCUGUUUGCAGAACAAGAGGACAAAUGCACAGUCAUUUUAACCACAAACUCAGAUGGACAAAAUCACAGCAACAUAAUGCAAGAUCUGGAAACUACACACAUUAAAUUUCUUAGAAAUGAAAAGAAGGAACCAUUUUAUUUCCUGUUUAAUAACCGGCAGCAUGAAGACCGGACUGGAAAUACAGACGAGCUGGAGCAGGCUUAUAAAUUAUCAGAGAGGGAACUCUGGAAGUUCACAGCUUUCCUAAAAGAAGCUGAAGGUCGAAUGGUUUUGGCAGCAGUUGAAGAGUUUCAUGACCACGGCCGACUUAAAGCUUGCAUCCAGAACCUGCAGGACAGAAUCCAGCUGACGGAUUUAAAGGUAGCAGAACUCAAACAGAUUCAAAAAGCUCUACAGAACCAUGCAGAAGAGAAGAAAAGCAAUGAAAGCUUCUCUGUAGAAAUGGAUGAAGUCUAUAAAGAUACAGAACACAUCAAUGGUGGGACGUGGCUGUGGUUUUUUUAUAACGGCGCCCUCUGCUGCACCGUCUGUGAAGAAAACUGUCAUUAUCCUGGAUGCACAGUCGCCAAGACACCAGAAGACUGUGAGGUGAUAAAAGACGGUUUCUGUGCUGUUUGUACCAACAAGUGUCCCGUUUCAGCUCACGUGAAAGAAGAGUGGAGGUAUGUGACCAAAACAAAAAGAGUUGAGAUGACGCUUCUGGAUGUGACGAAGAAGUACGAAAGGAAUGAGACGGAAAGUGAGAACAGUAUCAGCCUUUUAGAUCAUCUGGAAGAGGAAAUAAAACACCAGAAAGCAAAGAAGUCCCAGAUCAUUGAUGAGAUCUACAAACAUGUUGUCAGACUGCAGCAGAUUGACCUGAAGGAGGAUCCAGCAUCUGAAUAUCUGGACCUACUGACAGAAAAUGGAGACACAGAGAUGCUGCUGAGACUGGAGGGUCUGAGAAAACAAGACGAUGAUCAAAAUACUGAAUGAGCAGCUGGAAGGUUCUGGUUCUGAUCCGUUCAUUUACUGCUGGCAAGUAAAACCAUAACAAGUAUUAAUAGAAUUAUGUUCCAUUUUAACAAGUUACCCGUCAAAAGUUUACAAUGUCUCAGAGUGGAAGAAAUAGAAGAAUACCAAAUAUUAUAUGUCAUGUCUGGAAAGUUUCGCUGAGAUGAUUUUGCAGUGAAAAUCUUUCUCUUGAGUUUCUUCUAUGCAGUGUGUUGGAAUAAAGAACUGAAAUCUA